AUGGAUACGUUGAAAAAGAAAUUGAGGGAUGAAAUAGACUUAGGACCUGUGGUGUGGAUCAUAGGGGACUCGAUAGUGUUUUGGGCACAUCGCAGGGCGAAGAACACCGGCGAGGCUGACCUUGGACUUGGAACGUCGGUCCGCUGGUUGGGGAAAAGGGGGCUACGAAUUGAAGGGUUGAAAUUUAAUUCGUCAAUAUAUAUAAAUAUAUAUAUAUAUUUUUUAGUGGGAUUCUCUCCAGCGACAACCCCCGGUACAGCCCAUCACAUCCUCCUCUACGGGUGCAAAGAACCGGGAAUGAUUCAAGAUAAACCAUGGGACUGCGGUGAGAUGGAUAUGGCUAAGGAUAGUAAGAAGAUGACAGCCCCGCCCUGCUCUGUUGGUUCCCAGAUCUUAUACGCAUGGGCUAUGGAUGCUCCUCCUCUGGAGUUACCAAAAGAUAUUGGGUUCGGAGUCGGUGGUGAUACGGGCAUUGACUAUCUCGUUCUUCAGGUCCACUAUGCUCACGUUGAGAAGUUUGAAGACGGCUCUACGGAUAAUUCCGGUAUUGCUCUUACCUGGACGCUUAAACCGCAGCCAUUUAAAGCUGGAGUUUUCUUCUUGGGAAGUGACGGCGAGAUUCCUGGCAAAUCAAAAGAUGUACAUCUUGAGACAGCCUGUGAAUACGAGGGACCCACGCUUCAUCCAUUUGCUUACAGAGUCCACGCACACAAACUAGGACAGUUGAUAUCUGGCUAUCGAAUCAGGGACGAAUUCUGGACAGAGAUUGGUAAACGAAGCCCACAAUUACCUCAGAUGUUCAACCCAAUCACAAAGGAUGUUGAGAUUCGAUCAGGAGACUUACUGGCAGCACGGUGCACGUAUGAUAGUGACAGAGAUGAGACUACAUACACUGGGAUGACAGGUGAUGACGAGAUGUGCAACUUCUACAUCAUGUACUACACCGAGGAGGGCGAGCUGCCGGACAUGCAAUCAUGCUACGCGGAUGGGGUGUACAAGUGGGCCGACGACCUACCCAACAUACCAGACAAAGAAGCCAGCAGCCCCACCAGCGAUGCCCCGUCAAACAGCAUGUAGGCUUCAUGCUCAGUCCUAACCCAUUGCCUAAUAUGUUGGUGGUUUUAUGUUUGUGAUGGUUCAUUAAAACAGUCAAAACACAUUUGGCAAGUCAUUCUCGAUUCAACAAAGGAGUGACUACUACAGGUGUCGCACCGAGUGAUUUUAUGGUUUAGUUUUUUCACAAUGAUAAUUAUGAAUUCAUGCCAUUCUUUAUCUCAAGUUUGAUUCCUUUGAAGGAAAUCUCUUUUCUUUCUUUCUCUUUUCUAAAAAAAUCAUAUCACUUUUUUGCACACUUCCUUAAUCUACUAAUAUGCACCUAAUUCCUUGUUAAAUUUGGUUGGAUUAAAUUUACUGAAUUCUUUCUACAUAUUUUUUUGCUCUGACCCCCCGUUCCCCCCUAAAAAGACUAUAAAUAAGAAGAAAAAUUCUGAUACUUUGAAACAAACAAAAACAGAUGUAUAUUUGUAAUUCACUCAUUUUGUCAUAGACAUACAUGUACAUGUAAUACCAAAUCAACUCAUAUACAUGCAUAACAAUAUUUUGAUCAUUCCAUGUGUUUGGAAUGGUAAGAAUGUAAAUACUAUACAUGAUUUAAGAGUGUUUAUUGUAAAUACUUUGAGACAAUAAUUUGUGCAAUCUUGUGUGGUUGUUUUUAGGUUUCAAACAGUACUUUUAUGAUGCUAAUGUUGACUGAUAUGGUAAAUUAGACUAACGCUAUUGGCUUACAUACACUAGGCAACAGAAUAGACCAAUUUUAUAUGCAACUGAAUUGCAAGCUACAUGUAGGACAUUUUGGGCCAUUAAUUCAUUGUAUAAUUUCAAAUCAUCAAUAUUGUAAUAUGAUGUAUGAUCAAGAUGUGUGAACUCAUACUAGAUAUAUUUUAAGGUAUUUUUUCUUCAAAACAAUCAAACUAUUGGGCUUCAUUAUUUGUUGGCCAAUUUUUGUCAUAUAUAUUUAAUAUUAUGGGAAAAUAAGAAGCACCCAGAAAAUUCUCAUAGGGUCCAAUUUAAACUAAAGAAAUGUAGCAAAAUUGAACUGGUGAGUUAAACAAAUUAGCCCCAGAAAAAAAAUCUCUGCUUGUAAUUGUGCAUAUGCAAGCUUUAACAAAAUUAUGCCCUUAAGCAUUCCAACACUUUUUACUGUUGGCAGUUAUUUGGUAUAGCUCUAGCAACAGUGAAUAAUCUCUAGCAGAAGUAGGUCUUCCAUUAGUAGAAAAGAAAAAGCUAUUACUGAUGCCUGAAAAAUUGCUCUAGCAUUGCCGCAGUAUCAUGCUUAUCUGGAAAAUACAUUCAUCCAAGCUUAAACAAGCACAAAUUGUUAUUCACAAAAGAGUGUUUACUGGGAAAUUUUUGCCCGUUGCUUAUGUAUGCUGAUUUUCAGAACUAAAAAUAAAAAAGCAUUGCGAUACCACAAAUGUUAAUGAAAGACCGUAGAAGAAUAUUUGUACAUGUAUGUUGGAUAUAAGUCUGGGUAAAUUCAAGAAAAAUGCUAUUAUUGAUGCAACACAUGUCCUAUGUAUAUUAUUUUGGUAUGUUGGUGUUUUUGUUUUGGUUAUUUUCUGUUACUGCUGGAAAAGUACAAAAUGUUUGUAAUUAACAACAGGACCUCUGAUUUUAAGACCUCUGUUAACUGAGCAAUGGGUAGUACGGUAAUCCGUCAUCUUAAUCUCAAACCCAGGUCUCAAUACCGUAAGACCACCACCCUACCUCCCAUGCUUUUGAUCCCCCCCCUUUGAAUAACAUCCCAACCAUCAAACUACUUAAUUACAUUGUUUCAAUGUGAUAGAACUUUUUAACACUGCUCAAUCAAUUCCACCAAAUACUGCACAUUCUUGCAAUAAUGCCACACUAUAAACAAUAAAUUAAAAAAUGCAUCAUGCCAACACAAAACCGUCUAGCAGAGAAUUACAAAGCUUUAUUGAUGAGUACUUUCUUUUGGAUCUUAUUAUCUUAUUGGCUAAAGGGACAAUCACACAUGAUAGGUUUAGAUGUUAUUCUACCCCCCCCCCCCAAGUUGGAUGCUAUUUGAGCCAAUUUGUAUUUAAUGGGUUCCCGUACAAUAAGAUGUUUAUUGCUACGUUAGUAAAGCACAAUUCAAAAGCAAUCACCAAUGUUGUAACCCAUGUAAAUUGGCCUUACCCUACUAUAAAGGGCUUGAUUGCAUCCAAAUUUGCGGGCAAACUGCCGUGAACCGCCAUCUAAACCAAUGAUAAGUGAUGGCCCCUUUAGUGGCGUAUAUGUAGAAAAUGUUUGCAGGGCCUUGAUAAAUGGUAUCUCUAUGUAUAUGUUAGCAGAAUGAUCAUGCCUAGGCAGCAGCUUUAUAUGUAUAUGCUUAGUCGUUUGUGUAUGCACUUUACGGAUAAGAUGUGAAAAUUAAAGUCUAUUUAGUUCAUAA